AUGCUGCUGAUAGUCAAAUCAAUAGUUGAUUCAUACGUUGCUCCUUAUAUUGCAUGGUAUGAAUUGUUAAAGGAUCUCAGUGUUGAGCAUUGGAUUGCUAUUAUCGUUGGCUCAUUUAUUUUCGGAAUAAUCAUAGUUAAUGGGAAUGAUUCAAGCCAUGAUUUAUUAUUAUACGGUAAGAAUAGACCUGAUAAGCCUAAAUUGUUUAACUCGGUUGAUUUGUUAACUAGGGCCACUAAUUACUUCAACAAGUAUAAUGUUCCAAAAAGUUAUUUCAAACAUUAUUAUAUCUUUUUCACUAUUUACUUACUUACCAUCAAAACAAUUUUAUUGAACUACCAAAUUGAAUUUUAUCCCAAGAUGAAUGAAGUUUUCAUCAAAUUCUACGAAGAUUAUUGUCUUAAAUAUGAAUUAAGUGAUACAAACUACGUAUCUUUGACUUUUGCUUCAUACUUAUUGACUAUUCAAAGUUUUAGAAGAUUAUAUGAGAAUUUAUUCAUAGUGAAAUUUUCGAAAAAUCAAAUGAAUAUCUUACAUUAUGCUUUUGGAAUAGUUUUCUAUGCUGUUCUUGGAUCCAUUUCUUUCAUUAGUCUUUUACCUUAUUAUAUCAAUGAUUAUCACGUAGAAAUCGAUUUUAGUAAUUUAGACCCUUUUGAUUACGUAACCUUUGGGAUUUUUGCAUUUUAUUCUUGGGAUCAAUAUGACAACCAUAUUUAUUUGGCAAGCUUAAAGAAAUAUACCAUACCAACUCAGAGAUUCUUUGAAUGGACAGCUUCAGCUCAUUAUUUCGAUGAAAUUAUGAUAUAUAGUGCUGUAGGAAAAUUCUUCAUCGGAUGUGAAGAUAUUACUUGGAUCAAGGUUUGUUUUUCCUUAGUUUGGUUAUUGGUGGUAUUAAAUCUUAGUAUUUCAGCAGGUCAAAGUUACAAAUUCUAUCAAGCUAAAUUCAAAGAAACAUUCAAAACUCCUUAUAAGAUCUUUCCUUAUGUCUACUAA